UCUAAUUUAAAUAAUUUAAACCCAAUAUUUUCGGUAUAAAAAUGAAUGGAGGCCCACGUAACUCCAGUAUCCGUUUGGAGUGAAGUGAAGAGUGAACUAAACGAGCAGCCCUUGAAUCAAGAUCCCAUUGCAAAAUGGUCGGUGUUAAAAAACAAGCAGUUGCAGCAAAAGAUAAAACUCCUACUAGUACUAUUAGUAAUCUGUGGUUAGCUACGAAUCCAAGCAAACGAUGGGGAGAAUUGUUCUUCCUUCUCUACUCUCCGGUCUGGCUCACUCUCUGCCUCGGUAUUAUCGUCCCUUAUAAGCUCUACGAGGAUUUUAUGGAGCUAGAGUACUUACUAGUGGGAUUAGUUUCGGUUGUUCCAGCUUUUGUGAUACCGUUGUUUCUUGUUGGAAAGGCCGACAGCUAUAUCAGUUUGAAGGAUCGUUAUUGGGUUAAGGCCAAUGUUUGGAUAAUCAUCUUCAGCUAUGUUGGAAACUAUUUCUGGACACAUUAUUUCUUCACAGUAUUGGGUGCUUCAUAUACCUUUCCAUCAUGGAAGAUGAAUAAUGUACCGCACACUACUUUCCUCCUGACACAUGUGUGCUUCUUGUUCUACCAUGUUACCUCGAACUUAACACUACGUAGGCUACAGCAUGCUGUUGCUGGCUUUCCAGAGCCAGUUCAGUGGGUCGCCAAAGCUGCAUGGAUUUUGGCUUUCUCUUAUUUCAUAGCAUACCUAGAGACUGUUGCUAUUUCAAAUUUCCCUUACUAUGAAUUUGUAGAUCGGGCAUCCAUGUACAAAGUUGGCUCUGUAUUUUAUGCAAUAUAUUUUAUUGUAAGCUUCCCAAUGUUCUUGAGGAUUGAUGAGGAACCUGGAAAUCAAUGGGACUUGCCAAGAGUUGCUGUUGACGCUUUGGGUGCUGCAAUGCUUGUCACAAUAAUACUUGACCUAUGGCGCAUAUUCUUGGGUCCAAUUGUUCCACUUUCAAAUACAAACCAAUGCCUCCAACCCGGGCUACCAUGGUUUCCUGGACAUGCUACAUAGAUCCAUGUUCACAUGAGCGACUCACCUUAGUUGCUUCUUAAGAUUGAAUGCGGCUUCCCUUCUUGAUGCAAUUUCAAAAUUUAGCAAACUAUGCCAUGAUUGUAUCAAAAACAGGCCAGCCCAAGGAUACCUUAAA